CGUAGAUAUUGGCUUUGUGGUAUAAAUAGAAAUGAAUUUGAAUAUUCACAUGUAAAUUUAACUGAAUCCAGUUCUGUUCUGAUAGAGACCAAUAGGAUUUGAAGCAUGCUCGGAGCCGUUCGUUCUUCUGCGCAGGUAGUUUUAUAAAAAAGGCCGUUAAAUUCAUGUGUUCUUAUAAGUAUUCUCGUUUUGAAUAAGUCCGUUGAAGCACGUGUAAAAAUUUGAAAUUUUUUGUUUUAUCAUUUGUGUUUAACUGUUUUAUGUAAUGCAUUGUUAAGUUGGCUGUGAUAGUAACUCACCGGUACAGCAUGUCUCAAAGAAAGUCCAUACUUCAAAAUGAACAGCAAGCACCUGGCUCACCCCUGCGGAGGUCUUCUAGGAUUGCCAAUUCUCCAGCACCACCUCCAGUUGCAGCACCAGUUGCCACAGUUACACGACGUAGAAGUUCUGCAACAGCUGUUGAAGCUAGUGCCCCUGCUAAAUUGUUGAAAUCCAAAAGGUUAUCAUUGUCACAAGAUAAUCCAGUUGAAGCCCCAUCAACACCAAAGAAGGGAGCUAGAGUUACUCGGGGUGCAAGCAAAUCACCCACAUCACAAAAUGAAAAGGCUGCAACUCCUGCAAAAAGAGGAAGAAAAAGUUCUAUUGCUAAGGUGGAAGAAGAAAAUCAGCGAGUUGCAUCUCCAGCAAUUGGUCCCUUGACUACCAGGAGAAGAUCUGUUCGGGGACAGAGUACAUCACCAAGUAAGGAUAAACCUGAACCAGCAAAGACCAGAGGAAGAAGAGCUUCAAUUACAGAGAAAGUAGGUAAUUUGGAAUCAAUUGAAGAAAACGAUGCUUCAAAUAAAAAGGCUGCACCAAAAACAAGAAGGAGUUUAGCUACACGUCGUACUUCUCUAGACGUUCCUGAAGAAAUGGAAGAUAUUAAGAGUGUUUCUGAUACAAAUGAGAAGAUGGAAGUUAUUGAAGAACCCAAGAAACUAGAUUUGAAUCCAAUUAUUGAGAUUGCCGAAGAGAGUGAGGAGAACGUGCUUGAGGAAUCUUCCAGCUCCCUUAACUCCGAGGAUAAAAUGAUGUUUAAAUUGGCGGUAUCAGAAAAAAGGAUUAUUCCUAUAUCCCCUCUAUCGAUAUCGCCUGAAAAAGAUUCAUCAGUGCCAUCAACUGAAUCUAACAGUCCGGUUAAAUUUACCGAUUCACCUCCGAAACUGAUGGAUACAGAUAUGUUAAAUAAAACCACACAAGACUUGUCAGAAAAGACUGAAGAGAGGUCGGAUGUUGACGAAAACCUGGUAGCAAUUGAUGAUUCUCCUGUAAAAUCUAAAGAAAACACUAGCGAUCCUAAAAGUACACCAGCAAAAGAAAAAGUAAAUUUCGAUGUUGAUGUUAAGUCUGAUAAGAAAACAAAUGAAGACGACGUUGAAGCUAUGGACAUUUCACAAGAUGAUAAAUCGAUUGAUGAAGAUGUUGUCGAAGAAUCCCCUACGAAAUCCAAUGAAGAAAAAAGAUUUGAAGAUAUGCAAAUAUCUUCAACGAAAUCUAAAGACUCAUCUGAAUUACAAGAUGAACAAGAUUCUCUUGAAAAGUCUAAUGACGUGCCAACCUCAACAGAUGUUAAAAUUGUGGAUGAAUCUCCAGACAAAUCCAAAGAUAAAUCUAAAUUGGAAGAUAAUGAAUUCGUGAAUGAGUCUCCAGUUAAAUCGAAAAAGUCAUUAGAAGAUUCUCGAAUCGUUGAAGAUUCCCCAGCAACAUCUGAAACUAAUUUGGAAGAUGUUGAUGUUGUGAAGGAUUCCCCUGUUAAAUUAAAUGAUAAACAAAAAUCAGUAGAUCUAGAGGAUUCUCCAACAAAAUCUAUAGAUCAAGUUGUUGAUGAUCAGAAAGCUUCGACUAGUAAGGAUGAAUCUGAUGACAUGAAUGUAUGUGAAGUAUCAAAACAAAAUAUCGAAGUUAUUGAAACAGUUGUUGAAACUCCAAAAACUGUAACGACUUUAAAAGAGGAUGUGAAAAAUUCACCGAUAAAAAUAGCAGAUCUUACGUACGAAAAUUUGAAUGCUUCCGUUGAAACUAAAACUGAUUCAAAUACCAGUAUUACUACCAAACAGAACACGCCUAUUAAAACUCCCAAAAAAGUGCUGUCAAUGAAGCAAAUGCAAGAUAAUUCUAUCGCUUUAGAGAAACCAAUUACUCCAUCUAAACAGUCUCCAAAUGUGUCUGCAAGCAAAAAACAUGAUGAAUCGUUAAACAUCAAGAAGACCCCGAAAAGUGAUGUUAAAAAAAUUGAAGAAGUGGAACAAAUUAAAUCCACUGAGAAAAAUAAGUUGUCAAAAUCAAUAUCAGAAGAAGCCAAUUCUCUAAAUACAUCAAACAAGAAAACUCCAAAGAAAAAGAACGAAGAUUGCUUGAUUGUAAAUGAAUUUGAAAUGGUUUCAAGUUCUGAUGGUUCAUUCCACUUGAAUUUUUCCUUGCCAAUGGCUGAUGUCGAAGACAAGAAAGACGUUCUAAACAGUACAGGCGGAAGCAAUAAUUCCGAUAAGGAAAAUAUACAAUCUCCUGAAAAAAUAACAGUGAAAACGCCGUCAAAGGUAUUUUCCGAAUUGAAGGAUGUCAAAAAUCAAAGCACUCCAAAAAUUAAAUUAAGCGAACUAACUAAACCCGUUGAUGAUGACAUAGAAAUGUCUCUGGGUAAUAAAUCGACUGAUCUAAUAGUAAAUAAUGUGAUGGUAGCCAAAGAAACGGAUCCUGAACAGGACCUUAUAAAGGUUUUGAAUGAGUGCAAACCAGAAACUUUAGUCUUAUCCGAAAAAAUCCUCAACAAAAGUGUCAGCAUUGAUACUGUUAAAACGCCGCAAAAGCAAAAUCUAAGCGAAGAUGUCAAAGAUGUUUCUGCUGAUAAUAAACAAAUGGAUAAAGACGAAGAGAGUUCCACUGCUUCACCCAAAGAAAAGGAAAUCGAUCAAUCAUCAGCAGAAUUGAGUGUACACAAUAAAACUGUUGAGAUGGAAAUCGAUGUUCCAGCUUUAUCCACAAGUAGUGAGCAAGAAAUUGAUAAGAAUGUAUCCAGUCCAAACGUGGGUGAUGACAUUAACAAGUCCAAAGAAGAGAGUGCAAGUUUAGAACACAAUGAUCAAGAAUCUGAUAGUGUGUCCAGCGAAAAUUUAAGUAAUAAUAUUGAAGAAAAUAAUAAGUCAAAGGAUGAAAAUACAACUGUUGAAUCCGAAGAACUCGAAUCGAGCAGUGCUAGCUCAAAAACCACUAGUGAAUCGAGCAGUGCUAGCUCAAAAACCACUAGUGAAUCAAGCAGUGCUAGCUCAAAAACCACUAGUGAAGAGUCUAAGGAGACUUCAGAUGAUAUGGAAGGUGAAUGUAAUAAAUUAAAUAGAUCGCAGUCUAAGGAGACUUCAGAUGAUACGGAAGAUGAAUGUAAUAAAUUAAAUAGAUUGCAGUCUAAGGACACUUCAGAUGAUAUGGAAGGUGAAUGUAAUAAAUUAAAUACAUCGCAAUCGAAAAAUGUAGAGAAACCACCGGAACAGAAAAUUACUGACGAUGAUAUAAAUGUAUCAAAGAGUAUGGAAAAAAGCAGUUUAAUAAUUAAUGAUUCUACGAAUGACGAUACCUCAAAUUUUGAAAUAUCCAUCAAUGUAGAGGAAGUAAUCAAAUGUAAAAGAGCAAGUUUGCUUAAAAUUGUGAAUGAAGAAAAAUCUGCUGUAAUUGAACCUGUGCAAACAUUACCUGAAGCCGAUACCGUGAAAUCUUCUGAAAAUUCUGAUGUCGAUGUUCAAAUGCCAGAAAAUGAGAUCAUCGCUGAAGUUGAUAACGAACCAAAAAUUACAAGUUCUACUGCGGAAUUUUCAGAUAAUGAGGAAGAAUCUGAAAUCAUGCAAGUAAAAAGCAAAAAGAGAUCUUUAAAGAACCAAAAAAUUCUUGAACAAAGUAUUGUGGAAUCAACAGAACAUUUAUCUGUUUCAAAACUCAGCAAAAAAUCUGACUCAAAUGAUUUGUCUGAUGAAAAUCUAGAGGAAAGCAUUAUGAAUAAAUCGCAUUCAAGCUCGAAACGCAAAUCAAAUAAAAGAAAGUCUAAAUCCAAAAAAGAGGAGGCUGUUUUCUCCGCUGAAGAGGACGCUAUUUUCUACGAAGAGGAGGAAAUUGAAACUGCUAAGCAGGUGAAAAUCAGAAAGGACAAAAAUAAUAAGUCCAGCAAAAGGAAGAAUACCAAAAUUAUUUCUGACAGUGACAAUGAGUGUAGUGAAUAUGAUCAGGAUACUUCUGAUGUAGAGAGCAAUGAGGAUGAUGAAAAUAUAUGCAAUUUGCAAGUAACAAAUGACUCUGAUGAUGACAACUCUAAUAAUGAUGAUAACUUCCUAGAUGAUAUGGCUAUGGAAGGCGAAGAGGACACUCCAUCUGAGGGUAGCAAUGAUCUCCCCGAGUACGGUGAAUCUUUACAUUCCUCCGAAAGCGAUAGGAAUGACAGCGAUGAGGAUUAUGAAGUCGAUUCGUUUAUUGAUGAUAAUGAGUCUGUCGAAUUGCUUUCUGGCAAUGAAUAUGAUAUAUCAGAUGUGGAUAAAAAGGACAAAAAGAAGUCCAAGAAGAAAAGGUCUAGGAUUUUGUCUAUAUCGGAGAGUGAUAAUGAGGACGCUGAAAAAACUAAGUCGAGUGAAGAAGUUGUGGACAUUCAGGAAACAAAGAACGUACGAAAAUCCAAGUCACCUAUGAAAGCAGUAAAUCAAAUUGAGGUCCUUUCAAAUAUUACUAUUUGUCAAGCCGAUGAAGAAGAAUUAUCCGACGAGAAUGUUGGUGUCGAAGAAGAAAAACAAGAAAGUAAAGUAAUAGUAUCUGACGAAAAUAACGAAAUUGAAGAAAGUGAGAAAAUUAGUGAUAGUUUUAUUAAGGAUAAGUCUAGGCGGAAGUCUAAGAAAAGAACUUCGAUUAGUCUGCAAGAGAAUUUAAAACUGUCCGAAUUGACUGAUGAGACAAUUAACGAGAAAAUUGCAAAAGCCGUUGACUUCUUCUGUUCUUCGAUAAAAGAUUCUUCUGGAAAUGUAUCUCUUAACGUAUCACUUGACUACGCGAACAAUUCAUCCGACGAUGAAUCGAAACCAUCUCCACCAAAGAAGAAGAAAAUCAGUAUUGGAUCAACAGUUGCAAGUAAACCAAAAGUCGUCGAAAACAAAGCUGAAAUUUCCUUAAACGAAUCCAAAACUGAGAAGAAAUUGAAGAGAAAGUCCUUGACUGUCGAGCCUGAAAUUCCAGAUUCUGAUAAUAACGACAAAUUACAAAGUAAGAACAGUCCAAAUAAAAACAAGAGGCGUAGUACAGAGAAAACUAAAAUCAAAAAUAAUAUUGAGAAUAUCGCGAAUGAAGAAGAACCAAAUGCAGCGGAUGAAGCACCUCCGAAAAAGAAAAAGAAGGCAAAGAAAAAUGCCAAAGAUUCGCCUGUAUUAGACAACAUUCCAACACAGCACAUUGAAUAUUUACCCGAAUCUCUUAUAACUGAACUAGCAAAGAAUACGAAGGUAAGCUUGAGAGAAAAUUCGCCUAUAAAUAAAAAUAAAACAUUGAAGAAAAAGAAAAUCAGAAUUGCGCCAACUAUGAUUGGAUCUGAUGAUUGGGAUAUAGAAUCGAUGACGAGAAUUAAACCAUCAAAGUCUAGCAUCAAGCCGCCAGUUAAAAUGCAGCUACAGAAGCAGCAGGAUGAUUUGCCGGUCAAUGAUUUCCGCAACAGGAAAAUUAUAUCGUCCUCGCGCCGUGAAGAUUUUAAGAAGAUCCUCAAAACCAAGAAAAAUAAAUUACGUUAAGUCAUUUUAAAUUGUCAUUUUUUUUAUGCUGUGCAUCGAUAUUUUUUAUACAU